GCGGCGCGGACCAGGCCCUUGGUAGCAGCGGCGGCGCCGGAGGAGGUGGCUGUGGCGCGAGGCAGUAUGAGACCGUGACCAUGGACUUUUCUCGGCUCCACACGUACACCCCUCCUCAGUGUGUGCCCGAGAACACUGGCUACACAUACGCACUCAGUUCGAGUUAUUCUUCUGAUGCUCUGGCUUUUGAGACUGAGCACAGAUUGGACCCCGUGUUCGAUUCUCCAAGAAUGUCCCGCCGCAGUUUGCGCCUGGUCACCACAGCGUGUGCCACUGAGGACGGCCAGGCUGGGGAUGCACACUCCUGUGCCAGUGGCACCGCCUCCCUGAGGGACAGAGCUGCCAGAACAGCAAAGCAGCGCAGAAGUGCAAGCAAGCCAGCUGUUAGUGUCAACCAUGCCUCGAGGCAGGUCCUGUCCUCGGCCGAGGGCUGGGGCGCCGCCUUGACAUCAGGCGUGGCCUGUGUGCGGCCUCCCGUGCUGGAUGAGUCUCUGAUCCGUGAGCAAACCAAAGUGGACCACUUCUGGGGUCUUGACGAUGACGGAGAUCUCAAAGGUGGAAACAAAGCUGCCACUCAGGGAAACGGGGAUCUGGCAGCAGGCGCUUUCCGGAGCAACGGCUACACCUGCCGAGACUGUGCCCUGCUCUCGGAGCGCAGGGACACGCUCACGGCGCGCGCCACUCCCCACAGCCUGUCGUCGCGGGUGUACUCGAGGGACGGCAGUCAGAAACGCGGUGCCUCUUUUCACCUGGAUAGGAUUUUGUGGCUGGCCAAGGACACUUCGUCAUCCUUGUCGUCAUUCUUAGUCCACCUUUUUCGAGUGGUUUUAAUGAAGCUCAAUUAUGAAUCAGGAAAUUACAAAUUGAAAAGUUACGAAUCAAAAGAUCGCGAAUCAAAAAGCUAUAAGUCAAAAAGCCAUGAAUCAAAAGCUCAUUCCAGUCACUAUGGGACAGUGGAUGUAGGAGGGCUUCUCAGAGAGGACGGCCGCCUCAGUGUAAAUGGGGAGUCCCUGUGCGAUGACUGUAAGGGAAGGAAGCUCCUUGAGACGCACACAGACACCAGCGCGCGGUCCUCAAGGCCAGAAAGGGUGGCAGGGGCCAUUUGGCACAUCUUUUCUUAUGCAGGUCACCUCUUGGUACAGAUGCUGCAAAGGAUCGGAGCUUCUGGAUGGUUUGUGUCGAAGACACUGUUAUCGCUUCUCUGGCUGGCCGUGGCUGCUCCAGGGAAGGCAGCCUCUGGAAUAUUCUGGUGGCUAGGCAUUGGAUGGUACCAGUUUGUUACUUUGAUUUCUUGGCUGAAUGUGUUUCUUCUUACAAGGUGCCUUCGAAACAUUUGCAAGUUUUUAAUCUUGUUCAUUCCAUUAUUACUUUUACUAGGUGCAGGUCUGUCCCUGUGGGGCCAGGGUGACUUCCUGUCAGGCUUUCCUGUGCUCAACUGGACACACGCACAUGGAACCCAGAGGGUGGACGGUCCCAAGGGCACGUUCACACCUGAUGCGCCUCACCUGAGCCGGCCGCCAGAGGGUGGCGACGAGGCUUUCCCCCGACAUCCGAUGAGUUGGGUGGAGAGGCAGGUGGCCUCCUUGUCUGGACAAUGUCACGGCCACGACGAGAAGCUCCAAGGACUGGCAGCUUUGCUUCAGAAACUGCAGGCACGGGUAGACCAGCUGGAUGGCGACGGCCAGGGGACGCUGUCCCGGGUCAGAAGCGUGCUAGGGCAGCACCUAGAGGACGUGCGUGCUGGCGCACUGCCGGGCCCCCAGAGCGACUCCACGACCUUUCGCCGAGAGCACGAAUCACGCCUCUCACACCUAGAGGACGUUCUUGGAAAGCUGACAGAAAAAUCUGAGGCCAUCCAGAAGGAAUUAGAACAGACCAAGCUGAGAACAGCAAGCGGACUUGAGGAAGAGCAGCACCUCCUUUCUGUGGUGAAGCACCUGGAGCUGGAGCUGGGUCGUCUGCGGUCAGAACUGUCUGGUUGGCAGCAUUUGAAAACCAGCUGUGAGGAGGUCAGCACGAUACACGGAAAGGUAGACGCCCAAGUCAGAGAAACCGUCAAACUCAUGUUCUCUGACGAGCAAGAUGGUGCUCUUGAAUGGCUGCUACAGAAGCUCUCUUCUCGGUUCAUAAGCAAGGAUGACCUGCAGGUUCUGUUGCGGGAUUUGGAGCUGCAGAUCCUGAAGAAUGUUACCCACUACGUUUCCGUGACAAAGCAUGGCCCCGAUUCGGAAACCGUGCUGUCUGCUGUGCGUGAGGCCGGGGUUUCUGGAAUAACAGAAGCGCAAGCACAUGUCAUUGUGAACAACGCCCUGAAGCUGUAUUCCCAGGACAAGACUGGCAUGGUGGACUUCGCUCUGGAGUCUGGUGGUGGCAGCAUCCUCAGUACUCGCUGCUCUGAGACGUACGAGACCAAGACGGCGCUCAUCAGCCUGUUUGGGAUCCCGCUCUGGUACUUCUCCCAGUCCCCGCGUGUCGUGAUCCAGCCUGACAUCUAUCCAGGCAACUGCUGGGCAUUCAAGGGCUCCCAGGGGUACCUCGUGGUGAGGCUGUCCAUGGAGAUCCGUCCGACCACCUUCACUCUGGAGCACAUACCAAAGACGCUGUCACCCACGGGCAACAUCACCAGCGCUCCCAAGGACUUUGCGGUCUAUGGAUUAGAAAAUGAACACCAGGAAGAAGGGCGGCUCCUGGGACGGUUCAUGUAUGAUCAGGACGGGGAGUCCCUCCAGAUGUUCCACACACCGAAAAGACCUGACAGAGCUUUCCAAAUAGUGGAACUUCGGAUUUUCUCCAACUGGGGCCAUCCGGAAUACACAUGUCUUUAUCGGUUCAGAGUCCAUGGAGAGCCCAUCAAGUAAACCCCUGCCGUUGGUCCCUGUACAUAUUGUAUAUACUGGGACAGCCUGACACACUGGACCCCUUCACGAACCAGGGCACAGAGAGUAACAGGAUAACAUCACCCCUAAAUAAACGCUACCGACUGCCACUGGAAGUGGACACCCCGCUUGCCAGUCUGUCCACAGAAAACACUGCAUGUCGAACGCGUAGCUUCACCGAGGUCCGCUCGCAACAGCUGAUCUCUGUGGAAGUUCAUUUGAAUGUGUGGGUCACAAAGACACAUAUGUUGUUUUGGGGAUUUGUUUUUGAACAUAAAGCUCUUGAUAUUUGUAUUUUCUUGACAUCAGGAACAAAGCAAAUGAAAUUAAAAGGUGAGAGUAUUUGAAGCUUUGAUAUUUAGCCUUUCACUGGCCCUUCUCAAGGACUUUUGGGGGCAGAUCGAUGUCACCUGUUCAAUCCAGCACACAUUUCUUUCAGGGAAAAACCACAUCACCAAGUUUCAGUUGUGAACUCCUUUCCUCCAGGGUAGGAUUUUUCCUUUACUCCACACCAGGUGGGGAAAUUUAUAAGGUGUGUUUUUCUUAGUUUGUUCCUACUUCUGAGAAAGAUCCUGAGUUAGGACUCAUAGGCUGAAAGGGGUCUCAUGUGAAAGGGGGAGCUCAGGUCUCAAGGAGGCUCAUCCAUGGCAGCUGUCCCCAAGUCUGCGCAGCGGUCUCCACGGGACCUAGAACGCCCAGGCUUGUGGGUGUCAUCCUUGUCGGGUUUGAAUUUUGCUGCAGAGUAGAACACUAACUUGCUCCCUGUCUUUCCGAGUCUAAAAUCUCUCCACCAAUGACAGUUACCCCAGGGGACUGUCCAGGGUAGCAAAUUCAUGAAACCAUCCGUUUGUGAUUAUACUUUUUCCCACGGCGCCACUUUCUUCCCGCUUCUAGCUGGGAUUUGCCUCUUACUAGGACUGUCGCCGUUCUCAAUUCCUUGAGACUCCUUUUGUUUAUAGUUCAUAUUUAAUAUUUAGACUAUUUUACUGAGCAGACUUUAUAAAUGAGAUAUCUGCAAGGCACUUAAAGUGUUACAGAUGUUUUAAAAAUUAUUUAAGUUUUAUUGGGUUAAGACCGUUCUUUUGGUGUUCUCAUAAAUACUGUAUUUUCAGAAAAAGAAAAUGAUGGUGCUGACUGGUUUUCUGAAGAGUUUUAUGUAUACUGCACAACAGUCCUCAAAUACAUAAAAACUACACAAAGUAGCAUUUUUUUUUCACUCUUUCUUAGAAUUGGGACUAACUAAUGCCUAUGCAGUUAGGUCAGAUAAAAUGUAUACAGAUGUUUCAUAUAUUACAGGAUAAAUCUAUAAUCAAAAUUUCCUAUAUAAAACUAAAUUUGGGAGUUGGGUGGAAGUAUUUUGAAUAUUAAUUUAUUUUUAAAGAUGCAAGAUAGGACUUUGUGCGAGGUAUUUUUGUAAAUGCUUUUCAAAACACUUGUCUUUGGUAGUGCUGCUUUUGCUGCCCGCCAAAUUGAUAAGAUGCUACUGAAAUGUUUAAAUAAAGAGUUUAAAUUUUUAAAAGUG